GCCGCCAUCUUGGAUUUGGAACCACGCAGAGUCCUGUGGGCGAGAAUGGUGCUAAAAGCGAUAUAUUUAUUGCGUUUACAACUCUGUCCUCUGAUAAUCCAUAGAUGAUGUCACAGUGAUCAAGAUUAAAAAAUAUCUGCAAUGCCUUGUCCAGCGUGGCUCAAGAUAGGGGGUGCAUGUGUGUUCCCACACAUUGGCGGCAUUGCAGGUGGUCUAAUCACAAGAAAUGAGGUCAAGGUUUGGUACAAGGAUCUAGACAAGCCAUCGUGGAGACCACCAAACUGGGCAUUUGGCCCUGUGUGGACCAGUCUCUACACAGCGAUGGGGUAUUCAUCCUACUUGGUGUGGAAAGAAGGUGGUGGGAUAAAUAGCACCACCAAGCUGCCGCUUAUCCUGUAUGGGUCCCAGAUAGUGCUGAACUGGGCGUGGACACCCCUGUUCUUUGGAGCACACAAGAUGGGAGCUGCAUUUGUGGAGAUAUUAUUCUUGUGGGGCACUGUUGCCGGCUGCAUCUAUACAUUCUACCCAAUCAGCAAGCUUGCCGCAGGGCUUAUGGUGCCCUACCUGGCCUGGGUAUCCCUGGCUUCAUGCCUCAACUACUCCAUUUGGAAGCGCAACACACCAGCAAUCAAGGAUGAGUGAUUAAAACAUAUAUAAUCAGCAGUUAAUAAUAAGGUAUCUCUUGAUUGUCAAACAUGUGAUAGUAUAAUACUACAUAAAGAAGAUAAUAAUUUAAUGAUUGAAGAUUAACUUCAGAUUAUAAUGUGGCUUGUGGGUUAACUGAAGGGUUGGAAAUGUUUUUGUGUUACAAUUUUGUUCAGACCAUUACUAAUGUAUGGUUAUAUAAAAUUGUAUUGUACAUAACAAAAGCAUUAGAAUUCUAAUGUUAAAACAACAGUGAGUAAAACUUUCCAGUCUUCAACAAUGCAGCUAUUAAUAUAGAAAAUUACAUUGUAACACUGAUUAAAAAUUAAUAAAUGAGUAAAAAAGAAAAAAA